ACUUUUUCAGAUGAUCAAUGAGAUAUCGCUCGUAACCAUGAAGCAAAGCAAAGCAAACUCGAAGCAUUCAAACAACGAAGGGACUCUUCAGUACGACAUUGAGAACAUGAUACUAUCCAUUGUUAAUAACAAACAGUUUAGCGAUCUAUCCAAAGAAUUUCGACAUGAAAUCAUUGUCGCUAUGGGGAAUUUAUUGAUGAGUAAAUGGGUAUCCCUUAAUCCCCAAACUUCUUUUGCCUCUAAAAGUGACACAAGAACCUUGAAUGAUAGUGAAAAAUGUUCGCCAAUUUUUUCCGCAUUUACACUUUCUGAAACAAAGUUCUCAUUAACAUGGGAUAGCAAGAGUUUGAUAAUUCAGCUUUUGGAAAAUAAUCCUGUGACACCAAAAGAAAAACUCGAACUUUAUCCUCCAGUUGAUGGAAUUUCAUGGGUUGAUAUAGAAAUCAGAAAAGAACGAUAUAGGGGUACCACGGGACGACUUAUGGGGACAGUGCCUCAGAUUCCGCCACCAUCGUCUAUACAGAAGAAUUUACACUGGACUAAAGAAAAAUAUACUUCAGAAGAAAACGUAAUUGAGGAUUGCCGUGAACAAAUUAUCAAUUGCAUAAACUCUAAUCCAAUAACAAUAAUCUCAGGACCUCCUGGAAUUGGAAAAACUACUUAUUUGCCUCAGAUUUUAGUAGAUGAGUGCUACAUGCAAAGUCAUCGUUGUCGUAUAAUAUGCUCCCAACCAUAUCGUCUGUAUGCCCAUAUUAAUGCUGAUCGUUUAGCACAAAUACGAGGGGAAACAACUGGUCAAACAGUCGGGUAUCAAAUUCGACUGGAAUCUAAGGUUUCUCUUAAAACUUUGUUGACGUUUUGUACACAUGGAGUGCUACUGAGGACAAUAUGUGCAGAUUCAAGAAUUAUGGCUGGUAUCACACAUAUCAUAGUAGAUGAAAUAGAAGAUGACGAAAUACCGGAAAACUUACAUUUAACAAAACUGCAAAACACUGACGCUAAACUAAUGAUGUCUACAGACAGUAAUGGUGAAACAGAUAAAUCAUGGCGUGCUGAUAAUCCAGAAGUAGGCUAUGGGAUUUUGUUGGCAAUUAUACCUUCUCUUUUGACUCAGUACCAGCAUUUAAAAGUGAUUCUUGUUGUUAAUUCUCGCAUGUAUACGCACGAUUUUUGUCACAAAAACAUACUUAGUGAGAUUAGAAAUCCAAUGAAUUUGAUAAACGCUCCAAACUCUGUUCCGAUAACCUACUGUGAAAUUCAGAAUACUACUGCACAACACAAAUAUGAGAUUUCAUCUAUAAAUUUUAAAGGUCAAGCACGACAGAAGUUCAAUUUAAUUGAUAAUGGCUUCGACAAACUCACUUCAGUUUCAUCACAUUCAAUAGAUAAUAACCCUUCUCCUGAUUUUACGGCAAAGGAUAGACCACCGAUCGCAAAAAUACAGAAUAAUAUAUCAUCUGAAAAUGUAGUCUAUAAACAAUUACAGGGUUUUAGUAAGUACUAUAAUGGAGCUCCAAUAAUUAGUAUACCGUACCGUGCAAAACAAGUAAGAGUUUAUCAUCUAGAAGAUAUUUUAGAAUGGACUGAUUAUUCAACGUCACGAAUGAAUGAAGCAUUAGCGUGUAUGGACCAAGAUGUUGUACGCUGUCGUUAUAUGUAUUUUUGGCUUACAACUAAGGAAUUUGAUAAAUAUAUUCCAUGUGCGUAUCACAUUAUUACAACUGACGAUGCAAAUACAGUCAGUAUGGUUGAAGACAAAACAUUCAAUACAUCCGUGUCUAAUGCCGUACCAAAGAAACCUCGAGUACUUCCUGAAGUUCAUGCUGUAUCAUAUUUGAAAUAUGAUCAAAUAUUGAAUCAAACAGACGACUGUGCAGAGGUUUAUUCAACAGAUUUUGCAAACAAACACGCAAAUAACUUACUAUGGAGUAUUUGGCUUCAUACAGUUCUUGACCUCAAUAGAAACGAAUUAAAUAAACAACAUAUGAAGAAAAUAAAUGAAAUGGAAUUCACUGAGGUGAAAAAUUCAUGUCUGACAAAUUUACUUCAGUGUAUUCUAGCUGGCUGGAUUUCUGUUGAUUACGAACACUCGAAUUCUGGAUUGACUCCAAUGAUGGUGUGUUCUGCUGGUGGUCUCCUAGAGGCUGUUAAAUGUCUAUUGAAUCAUGGAGCUGAUCCAUUUCUGCGUGUGGCUAUGCCUUACGAACCUUUAAUUGGACUAGCUCGUAAGCAAUGUGAAGAUUUCAAACUUUUUGGUCCAAAGAAUCGAAAAAUCUCAAUCAAAGAUGAAAAUUACACUACCGUAGGAGUUACAGCUUAUGAUUUAGCUUGUAUAUUCGAUAACAACGAAGUUGCAAACUUAUUGAAAACAUAUAUGAUUAAUUCAAGCCUUCGAUACGAGCCUGAAAACUGGGAGGCUAUACUUCUAAGAUUUGGAUCUUGGUUUCAAAGUCCGAUAGGCAGAUCACAAUUUGAUGAUUGUACUUUCAACGAUCACCAACCAUUCGCAACUGAUUUAGAUAGUUUUGGAGAAACAAAAGUAUUAACGAAUUCCCUGAAUUUCCGUUACAAAUUACUUUCAUCCUAUCAAUCAGCUAGAAACAAUAUGGAGCCAGAAACGGUAGUGGAUUAUGAUCUUCUAACGGCAUUAAUUGUGAAAAUCGACAGUUCGUUACCAAGAGGUGUAAUAUUAAUAUUUCUACCAUCAUAUGAAGAGAUUAUAACACUACGAGGACGAUUACUGGAUCCUGACACUUCUCCAUGGAAAUCGUCAGAAAAUCCCUUAAUAUUUAUUAUUCACCCUCGAAUGCUUGUUGCUGAUUUGAAAAUUAUAUAUGCUCAGUCUUCACGUUCGCACCGUAAAUUAAUACUUUCGUCAAGUAUCGCAGAGACAUCCAUGACGUUUGAUGAUGUCGUUUAUAUUAUUGACUGUGGAUUGAACUGUGUGGAGGAGUUCCUUGAUUGGACUCAAACCACAUCUCUAAGAAACCAAUGGAUUUUAAAGUCAAACGCAAUUCAAAGAAUGUCGAGAGUUGGAAAAAACAUAAACGGAGUGUGUUUUCGUUUGUACAGUAGUUUACGCUACAGUUUUCUUUCUGAACAAAGACAUGGAAGUCUAAGUGGACAUGUUGUUGAAGAAAUGGAUAUAUUGGACACUUUUGAAGAAUUAACUGAAUUGGGUUAUCAUAUUUGUGACAUGUCUAUACCACCUCGUUAUGCUAAAAUGGUUCUAUUCAGCGUUGUAUUAAAAUGCCUUGAUCCAAUUCUUACAAUUGCAUGCAUACUGUCGUACACGGAGCCAUAUGUUUCUUAUUCAAAUGGUUUAUUACAUUGA